CCGCUCGGGGGGCUCCAGAUGAGUGACUUUGGAAUCAAGAACAUGGAUCAAGUUGCACCUGUAUGCAACAUGUACAGAGGACUGCUCAAGCGUCAGCCUGCAUUUGAUAACUUUGAAAGUACAAACUCUUUGUUCACUGGAUACUUUCCCUCAUUAAAUGAAGAUCAGACACUCCAGGAAGUUCCAACGGGCCUUGAUUCUAUUUCUUAUGAAUCAAAUGGCUGUGAAUUGCCACUCUUAACCCCCUGCAGUAAGGCUGUGAUGAGUCAAGCGUUAAAAGCAACUUUCAGUGGCUUCAUCAAGGAACAGCGCAGACUGGGCAUUCCAAAUAAUCCAUGGUUAUGGACUCAGCAGCAGGUGUCUCAGUGGCUUCUCUGGGCUGCCAAUGAAUUUAGUUUGGCAAAUAUGAACUUUGAGAGGUUUGCCAUGAAUGGCCAGGAGUUGUGCAACUUGGGAAAAGAACACUUCUUGGAACUUGCACCUGAUUAUGUGGGUGACAUUCUGUGGGAACAUCUGGACCAGAUGAUAAAAGAUAAUCAAGAGAAACCUCAGGAUCAGUAUUUGGAAAACUCUCAUCUCACUUCGUCUCCUCACUGGGUCAACAACAAUUCUUUAGGUGGUAACAUGGAACAGGCACAGUACUGUGCUCAAGUGCCCAGUUAUUCUAAAACUCUUAACUAUCAAAAAACGGGCCUUUUGAGUGAUUUAUCUGUUGGACCAAGUCUAGUUAAUCCAGAUCAAGACUUUCAAAUGUUUCCUAAAACUCAACUAGAAGCACUGAAUGUGAACUACUGCUCUGUGAAUGUGGACUUCACAAGAAACAACUUGAAUUUAAUGUUAGAUAACGCUGAUAAACCUAGAAACCAUCAUGAUUCAAGUGACAAUGGCACAGAAAGUUAUGAAGGCUUAGAUUCACUGCUACGAUCUUGGAACAGCCAGUCCUCCUUGGUGGAUGUUCAACGUGUGCCAUCUUACGAGAGUUUUGAAGAAGACUGCAGCCAGUCAUUGUGUCUGAACAAACCCACAAUGUCCUUUAAGGACUACAUUCAGGAAAGGAGUGACCCUGUUGAACAGGGGAAACCAGUUAUACCAGCAGCAAUUCUAGCAGGGUUUACAGGCAAUGGGCCUAUACAGCUGUGGCAGUUUCUUCUAGAGCUUCUAACUGACAAAUCUUGUCAGUCGUUCAUUAGCUGGACUGGAGAUGGAUGGGAAUUUAAACUAGCUGAUCCAGAUGAGGUUGCACGACGAUGGGGCAGGAGGAAAAAUAAGCCCAAAAUGAACUAUGAGAAGCUGAGCCGUGGCCUGCGCUAUUAUUAUGACAAGAACAUCAUUCACAAGACUUCAGGGAAACGUUAUGUAUACCGUUUUGUGUGCGACCUACAGAACCUGUUGGGAUAUACAGCGGAGGAGCUUCAUGCCAUGUUAGGAGUGCAGCCAGACACAGAAGAUUGAGUACUGUAGUCUUGUGUAACUUUGACAAACCACGUGAGAACACGCAAACUGUGAAUUGGGACCCCCCUACUACAGUCAU